AUGGGUCAAGUACCUAGUAAGAAUGAAAAUCAACAACAACCACAACAACAGCAACUACAAAAUGCAACAAUUAACAAUCAAUCAGGUUUUGAUCUGAACAACAACAACAACAACAACAACAACGCUGAUGAUGAUGAUAACAACGGUAAGAUGGCAUCUGGUGAUCAGAUUAGUCAUUACUUGAAUAAUGAUAUUCCAUAUACAUCGUUUGGUUAUGAGAAACCACAGAGUCAGUCUGCAUUACCAACUAGUUCUGUUAGACCAACAACUACCACCAUCAACAAAACUAAUAGCAAUAGUAGUAACAACAAUAAUAUGAGUGAUAGUAUAACGAAAGUUGUUGAAUCGAUCGUACCACAAGUAGAGUUGGAACCUGAAGAGAUAAUGUUGUCGAAACUACCCGUAAUGUUACCUUAUAUUCCAACAGCAAUCAAGCAUGACCUCUAUCUAGAUAAGAUUACAGGUGCACCGCUUACUGACUUUGAUACAUUCGACGUUAACUCAAUCUCCAGAAUGAUGGCUACUUUUAAAAUAUAUUUACAAGAUAUAAAUAAAGAUCUUGAUAAAAGACAGGUAUGUCUACAAUCCUAG